CCCAGACCAUUGGACCCUGAACCCAUGACGGAGCACAUCACGCGCUUGCCGCUGAGACAACAUUGCAAUGCGCCUCGGCGCACGCGAAAACAAAGAAUCCUGCGUGCUUUUCGUAGGCCCUGCAGCGUUUGUGAGGCAGGAAAACUGGGUCGUGCUACAAUCAAUACGAGCGCGCAAGAUAACGCGCUGUGAUCGCCAUGUUCGAAACAGCAGGGCUGCCGAGAGUGGCUCCGCGGCUUGUAAUGUUGUGGGGACGGGUGCCCAGCAUGAGGACCCUCUACGACACCGCCAUCUUCAGAUGACCUUGUAGCUGCCUCGAGACGGCGAUAUGUGGCUAGGCGCCCCCGGUACAACAGACUGCCGCCCCGUACUUGCUCUCUCCUACACGCACAUCGCCCAUCAUGCCUAAGUCGAUGAGGUCCUACCGUAGCAUCGAGGACUAUCAUGGCAACGACGAUGAUGCCGCCGAGCAGCGCGAGGGCGCCGACACCAUCAGCAGCACCACGCCCACGUCGCCGGUUGCCUACCGCCAGCGCCCGAUGCGCGGCUCCGAGACUGACCUCACCAGAAGCGGCCUGUCCGAACGGUCCGCGCUGCUGGGGCAUGCACACGGCUCGAGGUCCUACAUGAGCGUGCCUGGGAGCGUGCCGGGCACCCCGCGUCCGGGCACGAAGCGACACAACAGCGGCCUGCCAACAGGCAUCCGCAUGAAGAGCAGAGCAGGGUCGUUCAGCCAUUCGUUCAGCCAGCGACUGGUGAACGCCCUCGGCGAACGCAGGGCGGGGCUGGACGAGAGCACGCAGUCUGCGAAAACGACCCUGUGGCAGGACAACAGGGUCUGGUAUGACCAGUUCACGUCGACAGACUGGGUCCACGAUAACAUCGCGGACGCAUACCGCGUGAAGGCCCUCCGAAGCCGAAAAGACAUCAGAGGGCGGUUGGCAGCCUGGUUUGACGGCGCACAGGGCUGGGUGCUUGUGGCCAUCAUCGGCGUGCUCACGGCCAUAUGUGCCUACUUCGUCAACACCACCGAAAGCACAAUCUUCGACCUGAAGCAGGGCCACUGCACGAAGAAGUGGUUUUCCAGCCGCAAGGCCUGCUGCGCUGGGGCCUCGAUAUGCGAGGACUGGGUACAUUGGUCGCAGGUUUUCCGCAGUGACAGAUUAGAUGUCGUGCACACGCAGUUCGGCUUCUAUGUUGUAUCGGUUGUUCUGCUGUCCAUGGCAUCAUGCUUGUUGACGCUCACAACCAAGACCGUCAUCCCUUCAGCCAUCUCGCUCUCCACGCUUGACGAGAAUCUGGGAGCGGAAGACCUCCGAGAUUCAGCCCUCCAGGAUAACGAGAAUCACAAGCGCAGCUCGAGCCCUCAGACGCAGAUCAACGAAGCCCAAGUGCGACCACCGAUGGUCUACUACUCUGCUGCUGGCAGUGGAGUUGCAGAAGUCAAGGUCAUCCUGAGCGGCUUCGUUCUUCACGGAUAUCUUGGACUGCGCACGCUAAUCAUCAAGACCAUGGCUCUGAUAUUGAGUGUGGCAUCUGGUCUGAGUCUCGGCAAGGAAGGGCCAUACGUCCACAUCGCCACAUGUAUUGGCAACAUUGCAUGCCGUAUCUUUUCCAAGUACAGCGACAACGACGGCAAGCGCAGGGAGAUUCUCAGUGCCAGUGCUGCAAGUGGUGUAGCUGUUGCUUUCGGCGCUCCAAUCGGUGGAGUGCUGUUCAGUCUGGAGGAAGUGAGCUACUACUUCCCCUCCAAGACGCUCUUCAGGACCUUCUUCUGCUGUAUUGCUGCGGCGCUGUCGCUGAAGUUCCUCGAUCCCUAUGGCACGAAGAAGAUUGUCCUGUUCGAAGUCCGCUACCACCUCGACUGGAAGUUCUUCGAGCUCGCCACGUUCGUCUUCACUGGCUGCGUUGGCGGCGUUUUGGGCGCGUUGUUCAUCAAAGCUUCACGCAUCUGGGCCCGGACGUUCCGACGCAUCCCGGUCAUCAAGAAGCACCCUCUCCUGGAGGUGUUUGUUGUAGCGCUCGUCACAGGCCUUAUCAGCUUCUGGAACCGCUACACUAAGCUCCCAGUCACCGAGCUUCUCUUCGAGCUGGCCAGUCCUUGCGACACCUACACCGAUUCCGGAGAUGGCUUGUGUCCCACAAAGGAGCACAUUCCCUCGGUGCUCUGGGUCCUGUUCGUCGCGUUCGUCAUCAAAGCGGGUCUAACUAUCAUCACUUUCGGAAUCAAAGUGCCCGCAGGUAUCUAUGUGCCAUCGAUGGUUGUUGGUGGUUUGGCCGGGCGCUUCAUUGGCCACACUGUACAGCUUUUCGCACUCCGGUUCUUUAACAACUUGGGCGUGUUUGGCGAGUGUGAGGCUGACGGGCCACCUGGAUCUUGCGUGGUCCCGGGUGUGUAUGCCUUGGUCGCAGCCGGCGCAACGAUGACCGGCGUCACUCGAUUGUCGAUCACGCUCGCCGUCAUUCUGUUUGAACUGACCGGCAGUCUCGACCACGUUCUGCCCUUCUCGCUCGGCAUCCUCGUCGCCAAGUGGACCGCCGACGCCAUCGAACCGCUCAGCAUCUACGACCUCCUCACCGACAUGAACUCGUACCCCUUCCUCGACAACAAAGUCCGCCCCAUCUUCACCUCGGAGCUCGGCGACAUCACCUCGCGCGUGCGCCCCGACCGCAUCAUCGACAUCUCGGACGACUCGCUGAUCCCCGCCACCGAGCUGCGCGUGAUGCAGCAACUGCUCCAAAUGGCGGGCGAGCUCGACGGCGGCGUCCCCAUCGUCAAGCACGGCGUCCUCGUCGGCCUGAUCCCCGCCCCCGAUCUCGAAUUCGCCCUCGACAAACUCGACAACGAGGAGAACACGCUCUGCCUCAUGUCGCCCCAGGUCGACUGGGCCGCGGGCCGCGAACCACAGGCGUCGAGCGACGACGGCGAUAGGCCGCAGAGCGACCCGAGCGACUUCACGCCGUACAUUGACCCGGCGCCUAUCGCGCUCGAUGUCCACUCGCCCAUGGAUCUGGUGUACGAGUGCUUUGUCAAGCUGGGCCUGCGGUACAUCUGCGUGGUGCGGGACGGCAAGUACGCCGGUCUGAUCCACAAGAAGAGCUUCGUCAAGUACAUGAAGGAGCUGGAGCUGGAGGAGAAGCGGAACCACGACAUCUGAGGAGCGAAGUUUACGAGCAUCAUCAUCUUCACUGGGGGGGUUUUUCUUUCUUCACUCCUUUGGUGCGGUCGCUCGCAUUGGCAUUUACAUGAUAUCCAGCACUCAUUUGCAUUGGGGGCGUUUGUGGGCACGACUGAUGGGGGACUUUGGCUUUGAGCAUUCAAGACACA